AUGAUGUUGUCUAUCAAUCGCUGGCUGAUCGGCAUCUGCGCCGUGUCCACGGUAUGGGCGAACCCCAUACAGACCCGCGAAGCGGACUAUGUGAUGCCCAACUCGACCGGUUUCCGCAUGCAACAUGGCUUUGAGACUGUGCUCGUCCAACCAUUCGGCUACGACGGGUUUCGCGUUCGCGCCUGGCCAUAUCGUCCGCCCACUGGCAACGAGGUCAGCUUCAUCUACGACCCGCCUCUCGAGGGUUUCGAGGACGGAAAAGCCCAUGGCUUGGAAUUUGACACUGCCUUUAAUGGCAAUCGGACGGUGGCUAUCCGGAAUGGCAAGAUAGUUGUCCGCACUUCCGGUUGGGAUGGGAACUCGGGGGGUUAUCGGUUAGCCUUUUACCGGGUGGAAAAUGAUGGGUCGGAGACGCUGCUUACGAACGAGUAUGAUUACUUCUGGCGCGGACCAGGGAGCGAGUUCUCUGCAGAAUUCUCGUUCAGCUCGACGCCAGACGAGCAGAUUUACGGCACGGGCACGCAGCAGGAUCAUAUGGUCAACAAGAAGGGGUCUGUGAUUGAUCUGAUCAACUUCAACACGCAUAUCCCGACGCCGGUGUUUGUGAGUAACAAGGGCUACGGCUUUGUGUGGAACAUGGCGUCUGAGGGCCGGAUGGAGUUUGGAGCCUUGCGGACCAAGUUCACGGCCGAGUCGGCCACGGUGGUCGACUAUGCGAUUUUUGCUGCGGAGCAAGGAGACUACGAUACUUUGCAGCGUCGGCUGUCGGCACUGACCGGUCGUGCGCCCACGCCUCCUGAAGCCUCGCUCGGCUACAUCCAGUCGAAGCUGCGGUAUGAGAAUCAAACCGAGGUGGAGCUGCUAGCUCAGGGUUUCAAAGACCACAACAUCCCGGUCUCCAUGAUUGUCAUCGACUACCAGUCCUGGGCUCACCAGGGGGACUGGGCGUUGGACCCUCGCCUCUGGCCUGACGUGGCGUCCAUGACGAAGAAAGUCAAGGAUCUCACCGGCGCCGAGAUGAUGGCCUCUCUCUGGCCCAGCGUAGCCGACAACAGUGAAAAUUACCUGGAACUCAUUGCGAACGGGCUACUGUCAGCCACGCGAUCCGGCCCUGGCACCACAGACUCCUGGAACGGAUCGUAUAUUCGGAACAUCGACUCGACGAAUCCGGCCGCCCGAGCGUUCCUCUGGAAAACGCUGAAGGGCAACUACUACGACAAGGGGAUCAAGAACUUCUGGAUAGACCAAGCCGACGGCGGAGCGCUAGGUGAGGCCUACGAGAACAACGGACAGAGCUCAUAUAUCGAGUCCAUCCCGUUCACGCUGCCGAAUGUCCUUUACGCCGCAGGCACCCAGCUCAGCGCAGGCAAGCUGUACCCCUGGGCGCACCAGCAAGCCAUCGAAGAGGGAUACCGGAACGCCACGGGAACAAAAAUGGGCGAAGCAUGCGACCACAUUAGCCUGAGCCGCUCGGGAUACAUCGGCUCGCAGCGCUUCUGCAGUAUGAUCUGGUCGGGCGAUACGACUUCCGUAUGGGAUACACUGGCCGUGCAGGUUGCCAGUGGGGUGUCCGCAGCCGCCACGGGUUGGGGAUGGUGGACGAUGGACGCGGGAGGGUUCCAGGCUGACCCGACGGUGGCGUGGAGCUCGAACAUCGACACGCCCGAGUACCGCGAGCUGUAUUUGCGAUGGUUCCAGUGGGCGACAUUUCUGCCGUUUAUGCGAACACAUGGAUCGAGGAAGUGCAAUGUCCAGAAUGCCUACACGUGCAACAACGAGCCGUGGUCGUAUGGCGAGGAGAACACACCCAUCAUUGUCUCGUACAUCCAGCUGCGGUAUCAGCUCAAGGCGUACCUCCAGGCUGUGUUUGAGCAGUUUCAUCAAACGGGCCGGGCAAUUAUGAGACCGCUGUAUAUGGAUUUCGAGCGGACAGAUCCGCAGAUCGCGAAGAUGACGCGGGAGAAUGUCAAUGCUACCACGCAGCAGUACAUGUUCGGUCCGCGACUGCUUGUCACUCCAGUGACGUUGCCUAAUGCAACCGAGUGGGAGGUGUAUUUGCCGAAGACGGGCCAGAAUGAGACAAAGCCGUGGACGUACUGGUGGACAAACCAGACAUAUGCUGGUGGACAGAAAGUGACUGUCCCGGCCCCGAUCGAACACAUCCCAUUGUUUUACUUGGGAAAGAGAGAGGAUAUAAUGAGCGGAAGUGUCUUCUAG